AUGGACUUUGGCCUCAGUGUCGGUCUUGGGCCCAUGGGCGAUCUGCGCUCGUUAUCGCCCGCGGCAUCGUCGUCCAUGAGCAUCACUCCGCCGGCGCCCGCGACGGCCGCAACCCCGCCAGCAGAAGUGGGCACUCGCCCGCACUGGCCGCCCCAGGCAGCUUCUUCUGCAGUUGCCGCCGCCGGCACCCACCCGCUGUCAGCACCUUCAUCGCCAUCACCCUCGCCGUCGGCAGCGUCGUCGUCGUCGGCAGCAACGACCCCACAGCAUCCCCGUGCCCACUCCCACUCCCACCCCCACUCCCACCCCCAUUCCCACUCGCAUUGCGCACGUAAGCGCGCAGAACAGGACGGCGAGACGGGUCCUGUGCCCGGUCCCAAGCGCCGAGCCAGUCCACCAAGCACCAGUGCCGCUGCAAUGGAGUACACCAGCCCCCACCGGCGCGAUGCCGAGCGUCAGCGCGAGCGCGAGCACGAACGCAAGAGGAGGUUGCCGGGAACCACCCACAGCGUGAGUCCUGGCACCACCUCGAGGAUCCCCCGGCCCCUCUCCCGCGGCCACGGCCACGGCCCACACGCAAGCAUGUCGAGCAUGUUCUCCUCGAGCGUGUCCGUCUCCGCUGCACCAGAAGUAGCCCAGUCCCCGUCGUCUGGCGCUGCUUCGCCGUCCUCGUCGUCCAGCUCGCCGGCGGCCACGCCGACCGCAGAGAUUCCCGCCGCUGCCGCCGCCCACCACCACCGCCGCCGCCAGACAUUUUCCGCUCCACACCAAUCGCCCCCAGUGUCCCCUACGACAGCCAUGUACAACAUGGCCCACCCGCUCACCGGUGCGAUCAACGAACUGGGCGGGUUUGGCACGAGCGAGAUGUAUUCCCGCCCCAUGUCGAGGGGCCUCGCAGACGAGCAUAUCGAGGAAUGGGGCAUGCUCACUGACAUGGGCCCCCUGUCGCGGUCGGACCUCUACUCGGUGCGCAGACGGGCCCCCGACGCCGACGACGACGGCGGCGAGGGGUGGACAAGGUAUCGGCGUACCAGUGGGACGAGCACUGCCGAGAGGACAUCCCCCAUGCAUGCAACGGGCAGUGCAUUGUCCACCAGCAGCACCGGCGACGGCCACAGCUACCACCGGCCGACUUUGGAGCCGACUGCUCAAAGCAUCCAUCGCGGUGUGACGUCACCGCGCUUCCCGCAACCGGCGCACCCAUCGUCCACCCAUCACAUUACGCCGUUUGUGUCGUCGCUCUACUCGAACACUUCCACAACCAGUUCCACAAGCGAUCCGUCACAGAUAUACGCUGCAUCGCCGCCAAGGGCUCCUGCUCCUUCUGCUGCUUCUGCUCCUUCUGCUCCUGCUGUGGCACAGCCCACGCCCAUCGACGUCGACACCGACAGCUCGUCCUCUGCCUCGGCUUUCCGUGCGGCAGUGCGCGCUCGCCACGCAUCUGUAGCGGCUGCCCCUGCAGCGCCUCCUCAUCCACCUUGGUACAACUUGGUGUCUGACAACGUCGAGGCAUUCUGGAGCGUCCCAGGACGCAGUGAUCCACCGGUUCCGGUCUCCUCCUCCUCAUCCUCCUUCUCCUUCUCCUCGCACUCUCGCGCGUCCUCGACGGCUUCGCCAGUUGCCACCGUGUCCGCCGCCGCCCCCGACGUCGUCACAAGCGCGCAGCGCUACCCCCGCCCGCCGCGCGGACGCCCUGCUCUGCCGGCCCUCCCGCUCCCCUACACGGGCUCGGGUACAUCUGCGCCGCCGUUCAGAGGCAGCGAGCUCAGUCUGCAACAGGUGCGACACGAGCACCAGAUGCGUACCGUUGCACGCCACUCGAGUUCGUCUCCGGCCGCGGCCGGAGUGACGAGCAGCACGUCGUCGACGGCCACGACAAGCGCACCUGUACGCCCCCCAGCCCUCCCCCGUUUCGACUUUGAGUCCCCCCAGAUCGCACCAUCGCGCCCCGCUCCCCCUCCCCCGCCACAUGAACGUCACCCGCAAGGAGGGCCCAACGACGACUCGCCAAGCCGCGAGCGCCGCUCGCGAGCCGCCCGACACGGCCCGGCUUGGCGCGAGACUGGCGGCGCACCUUCCUCUAUGGUCGAAGCCGAGGCAGCUGCUGUAUUCGGCGGCUUUGUCUCCGCCUCGGCGCUGGUGGGCGACCCGAUACCAUCGCAACCUGGUCGGCCCCACCGCGUCCUCCGUGCAGGAAUGGGCGAUGGCGGCGUGCGCUUAUGGCCCAACGACCUCUUCCCUAUUGACACGAGCGACAACUUCGACCCGACGCAGGCCAGCGACCCCCUGGGCGGACGUCGCACGUCGAUAGAUAGGGAGAUGGAGAUGCGCGCCACCCAGCAGCGCAUGUCGAGGAGCCACGCGGACGCGCCAGACUCAUCCAUGUGGCGGACCAUGAUCGACCGGCACGAACGGGAACUCGCGGGCGAGCGCGCACCAAGCAUGGUGCCACCUGGCCGCUCUGCUGGUCUGUCGAGCUCGCUUGCUUCCCGCCGUCAACGUCACCACGAUGCCGCCCUCGGCCGCGACGACUCUCCCUUGGACUCGUCGCCGCCGCCGCUGCCCAACGUCGCGGGUCCCGGUGUAGCCCGCGCCCACGCUCAUGCGCACGCCCACGAGUCGGCGGGACCUGUACCCUCGACCGCGACGCCGGAAGAGCGCGCCGCGCGCUGGCGCCGUGUCUCGACGGCGUUCGAGCAGGCCCUCACCCGUUUCGAGCAAGGCGGCGGAGCCGGAUCGCACGACGAGGCGGUCCUCUCGGCGUUCCUCGCGCGCGCCGCCAGCGCUGCUGCUGGUGAGGGCCGGGCCGUGGCUGCCGGCCAGAGCACGCGUGACGCCCUCAUGGACACGGCGCGCAGCAGCUCGCGCCUGUACGGCCUGUACCACCACCCCGUCGCCGACACGGCCGCUGCUGGAGGGGACCCCGGCAGCGACAGCGCCGCCAGCGGGUCGUUUGCACACCAGCACCCGGACCUGGAGCCGCGUCACGCCCACGCUGCUCACGCUCUCGCUGCUAACGCCAUCCACCACAACCACUAUCCGCACGCCCCCCACCACGCGCGUGCAGCCCUCGCACAGGCAUACGCCCAGUCCCAAGCGCAGACUGCGCAGUAUGCCAACUCGCACUACGGCCAGACGCACCCUUCGCGGCGUGUCCCGUCGCUGUGCGCGCUGACCAUCACGCCCGACAUGGACAAGACGGAGCGCGCGCGUGUGGUGCGACACAUUGCGCGCGUGGUGGCGCGUAUGGCUGCGCCGCAGCGUCGGACGCUCGCGGCGAGUACCCUCGAGCGCGUGCUUUGGGGCGAGAUGGAGACUGGGGAUGGUGGCAGUGAUGGUGGUGAGGAAGGGAUGGAGAGGGACGAGUGCUGUGCCGUGUGCCAGGACGAGUACGAGGCAGAGGACAAGGUCGCAGUGACCGCCUGCAAGCACAUGUACCACGCAAGCUGUCUCGAGUCCUGGUUCGCCACUCCCUCGGCGUCCACCUGUCCCAUGUGUCGUCGUGACCUCGCCACCCUCGCGUUCAUUACCAAAGUCGCGCCAGAGGGUGGCGGCGUGGCGAGGACGCUGUGGAUGGAAGCGCCCGCUGACGUGCCCGUUUCCCGCAGCAUGUUCUGA